UUUCAUUUCAAGCCUAAACCCUCGGAAAAGCGGUCAAAAUGGAAGAAAAACUAUCGUAUCUGAGAUAUUUCUUCCUGAACACGUCAUUCCACGGCCUACAUUUCAUUUUCGAGAGGGAAAGACACUGGACCGAGAGGAUUUUUUGGAUAGUCUGCUGCGUCUUGAGUUGGUUGGCUUCAAUAUUGUUGAUUCUGUCCGCUUGGAGCGAUUUUAGGAACAAUGCCAUAAGUUUCGUGGUUGAAACUAGCUAUCUGGAUUGGGAUACGCAUUUUCCUUCUAUUGCCGUGUGCGAGACCGACAACCAGGAGAGGAUUAGCGAAUUUGCUGACAAGACCUACGGCAAUCCUCACGAUUUCAACUUCAACGAGAUAGUGAAGGAGCUGGUUUAUUUCAAGGGGUUGGCUUUCUACACCCUUCAGAUGUGCGGACCUAAUGCUACAGUGAAGCACGAAGAUUGCGACAAGCGGGAUUUCGUUGAUUUUUCCGCAGAGGUUAGGAGUCCUUGUUCGAAAAUGUUCCAGAGGUGCGUAUGGAACGACCAAGAAUUCAACUGUUGCGAUUAUUUCCAUCCUAUGGACACCGAAGUAGGCAUGUGUUUCGGUGUAAACUCCAUACAAACCAGGAAUAAAAAGGUUGCUAGAUUUCCAAUGAUAUCCAACAAGAAGACAGGACCUUGUACUUUACACCUUGAGAUCAAGGGGAUAGCCUUCGUUUACCUUCUGGGAGAACAAGAAGUUCCUACUCUAACAACCUUCACAACUGAUGUCAUACAAAUAAGUCCACACAUCCAUUCUAAAAGGUACAUCUCAAUCAGAGAGAUUGAGAAUCAGCCAGAGGUGAAAGAUGUCAGUAUCGAACAGAGAAAAUGCAGAUUCACCUAUGAAAGCCCUUUGGAAGUCCACGACCACUACAGCUACAGCGCAUGCUGCGUGGAUUGUAGAAAAAAGGCUCAACUUGAAAUGUGCGGUUGCGUUCACCAUCUGAUGCCGAAUGUCCCCAAGCACCUCUUUUGCGACAUCAACGGUUUGUACUGUUUGAACAUGCACUACAACAAUCUGAUAGUGCUGAAGGCUCAUUGGUCCAACAGAACUGGUUUGGUAUGCGAUUGUCUGCCAAGUUGUACCGAAUUCGAAAUGUCAGUGGUCAAAGAUGUGAAAUAUGGCAUCAAGGAGGACUUUGGUGUCGUAGAGAUAAGCUUGCUUCGAUUGCCUAGUGAGAGGUACAAAAGGAAUGUUGUCAGAGGGCAGUUGGAUUUUGUUGUGUCUACAGGUGGCAUUACUGCGUUGUUUCUGGGUGCGAGCAUAUUGAGUUUUGUCGAGAUUGUUUAUUAUUUUUUCCUACGUCCACUAGCAUAGUUUGUUUAGAUCUGUGUAAUCAUCUUGUUUCAAUAGAAGUUUAGU